AUGAGUCAUAACUUACGUUCGGCUUAUCCCGAUCCAGGUCAUGUCACAUACAGACUGCUUCGUUGGUUCGGGAAACCAAUAUUGGCUUUGAGAUUUGCCGGGCACAUCGUGUAUUGGCCCGGGGAUUCAGAUAUUAAUUAUACAAGUCCUUGGGCGGGUGCCGCUUGGAAACCGAACUUUUUUCUUAAUAAUGCAAAAAAUGUGGAUAAAUUCGAACGAAUUUCAUUUGAGACAUUCUGGGCCUUGUUACAAACACCUGAUACUGGUUUAAUGAGCGCAACAAUAUACGAUUAUAUGGAUAAAAAACCUGAAUCGGAUCGAGAUAUUUGGUACAGAGAUUUUGUUCCAAAGUAUCGCGUACUGCCUCCAAAAAAACUUCCGCCAGGUGUAGAAUUUGGAUUAUCUUAUACAACAAUCACUAUACACGGACCUAAAUAUAUACGCUGGCUUCUUAAACAAUUUACGAUUGCUGGCGGUAAAACUAAAAAGGUCCGUCUUUCUCAUAUCAAUGAAUCAUUUGAUGAUGAUGUUGAUAUUGUAGUGAAUUGCACAGGAAUUAACUCACGAAAAUUUGGUGGUGUUCAAGACGAUACUGUGUUUCCUACGAGAGGUCAAACUGUCGUUGUAUGGGCACCACACAUUAAAACAUUAUAUUAUCGGUCAGACACCGAUCAUUCGUCAUAUGUCAUCCCUCGAGAAGACGGAGAAGUGAUUCUCGGAGGGACGUUUGAUGAAAAUAAUUUAAACGAAAGACCUGAUUCGAAAACUGCAGAAUCAAUUAUUCAUCGAUGUGUAGAACUGUGUCCGGAAUUAACAUUAGGUGGUACUAAUGCCUUGAAAAUAAUAAGUCAUAAUGUUGGUCGACAGCCGACUAGAAUCGGUGGUAUUAGACUUGAAAUAGAGACAAGAAAAAAUGCAAAAGGCAAAAAUGUUAUAAUCUGCCAUAAUUAUGGACAUCAUUCAUAUGGAUAUUCAUCGAGUUGGGGCUCAUGUUUAAAAGCUUUUGAGCUUAUCGAAGCAGCAAUAGCAAAUGAGCGAAGAAAUGAGAGGUGUACCAAGUUAUAA